ACAGUUCAGUCACUGGUACCGGCCGAGGACACGAGCAUUCAGAUCUCCCCCAGUACUACGGGAAGUAAAUCUAUUGUUCAGUCGCCAUACACAGAGCCCGACCACCUGCUCCACCUAGACACUCUGGACCACGAGAAUGCCCUGCUGGCUCAAGCACUGUCCCUGUUAAGGGCCACAAGGGACGACUACGCCACGGCGCCGUACACCGAGUCGUUCAACUGGGACGAGGUGAAGGCUGAGCUGGCCCGGUUGGCCCGAGAAUCAGGAACCCCCUUCCGAGAGACGUUCUUCUACAUUGUUGCCUUCCGGUCGCAAGUCAAGGCCAGUACAAACGCCGACAGCUCGCAUCUCGAGGCUCUUGACAAAGCGGCACACGCUGAAGCCAUUGCCAGCGGAGGAUUCCUCAAGUAUUGGUAUGGGGCUCCGGAUACUGAGUUGAGAAAUCUGGCGACUUGCCUCUGGCGAUCAAGGGAAGAUGCUAUAGCCGGCGGGAGGGGUCCGGCACACCGCAAGGCGGCAGGAUCGACGAGGGAUCUUUAUGCUUCCUGGAAGAUUGACCAGCACCGUCUCACGAUCCGCGAGGGGGGACAGGAGUGGGAGAUAUCGAAGUGGGAAGAAGCAUAA